CAGAAACUUGUCGCACAACACCCCAAUUACAAGUGAUCUAGGAAGUUGAGAAAUAUGCCUUGUCGCUAUGUAGACGCAACCACCGUGUGGGCGGUGCUGAUCAUCUCCCCCUUGCUGGGAAACGCACACAUGUGCACAGAGGGUUUCCUGGAAGUGGCGCAAAACCUCAACAUCACCAACUGCAGGCUCAGCACCUUAGGAGCCGAAUUCGCCUGGAAAUUCGACAACGACUCCCGGCAGCUGGACGUGGCCUUGGGCGCGAGGCUGGAGUCGGACACGGCGUGGCUGGCCUGGGGCCUGAACCCCCAGGGGCCCCACAUGGCCGGCACCCGAGCCUUGAUCGGCGAGAAGCACCAAACCGGCUUGGCUCAUCACCAAUUCAACAUCACAGAGCCCAGCAAGCGCGGCUGCCAGCUCCUCCCCUCCAACGACAUCGGACUCAACGUCACCAACUUCAACUUCCUGUACGUGCACAAUAUCACCUACUACAUGAUCCACGCCACCAUCAUCCUCCCCGACAACUACAACGCCUCGAGCGCCAACCUCGUCUGGCAGAUCGGGAAGGCCGCCACUGCCGCUGACCACCCCAGCAUGCACCCUACCGCUCUGGAUAAUCUCGACAGCACUCAGACCAUGAAUCUCAUGACCGGCGAGGUGUUGAGCUACAAGCCCGCUCAACGUACAAGGCUGAGAACGGCUCACGGGGUGCUAAACAUUGUGGGGUGGGGAAUAUUCCUUCCGGGCGGUGCGAUCGCUGCGAGGUACUUGAGAAGUUAUCCUAAGAAGGUGGCGUGGUGGGGCGCCGUCCACGUGGGCUCCCAGACCGCAGGUUACCUUCUUGGUUCCAUUGGGUGGGCCAUCGGACUCUGGCUCGGCCAGGCCUCCCAAUACUACACAUUUUCCACCCACCGGAUUCUCGCCAUUAUCAUUUUCACUUUCACAACAAUACAAAUGAUGGCGCUGAGGUUGAAGCCGAAGCGCACGGAUGAGUACCGGAUAUACUGGAACAUGUAUCACCAUUUUCUGGGGUACUCCUUGAUUGGGUUGGCGGCGGUGAACAUAUUUCAAGGUAUCAAGAUCAUCGAGAGUGGGCCUCACCACCACUGGAGAUGGUCGUAUGUCGGUGCGCUGGGGCUGUUGGGAACACUGGCUCUCGCACUUGAGUUAUAUACUUGGCUUAAAUUUUGGAAUUACUGGGACACUUGCAUCAAAUUCUUGACUACCAAACAAGAAAAGAAUCAGAAUACUUCUAGCCUCACUACCAAAGAAGAAAAGAAUCAGAAUACUUCUGCACCACCAGGCCCCACUGCCUAAUUAAUACGUCUCGAUUUUGUUAUGUUGUGUUGAAUAAGAUAUUCAGUUUACAAAUUAUGUUUCCUUGCUUCAUCACAUGUGUAAUAUGUGUUCUUUUUUGGGCAAUAUAGCCGAUCGAUGUGCGUUUAUGAAACGACAUUUCUUUCCCA